AUGGAGACUCUAUUCCCAACUGUGGAGCACAGGUAUUGUGUGAAGCACAUAAACAACAACUUCAAGGUUAACCACAAGGGCAUGGAGUUGAAGAGUAUACUGUGGAGGUGUGCUGGCACAACAUCAGCUAGGGAAUUUGAGAGAGAAAUGGACCAUCUUAAGAGUUUGAAUGAAGAAGCUUGGCAGUACCUGGCUGAUAUAGAGCCUGCACAGUGGACCAGAUCCCACUUUUCUUCAAGAGCUUUGACAGAUUGUAUGGUAAACAAUCUGAGUGAGAGUUUUAACUCUAUGAUUGUGAAGGCUAGAGACAAGCCCAUCUUAUCAAUGCUGGAGUGGAUCAGAGUUAGGCUUAUGAGCAGGCUGUAUAUAAAGAAGGCUGGCAUAGAAAAGUAUGAUGGCAAUUUGUGUCCAAGCAUACAAAAGAAGUUUGAGCAGUUAAAAUUAGAGUGUAAGAGUUUCAGUGCAGUUCCUUCUGGGAGGUUUGUGUAUGAGGUUGACAAUGGGAGGGAAAGGCAUGUGGUGGACUUGGUAAAUAAGACAUGUAGUUGUAGAGUAUGGGACUUGACAGGAAUCCCUUGCAAGCAUGGAGUUGCAGCCAUUUUUGUGAAUCGUGAGAAACCAGAAGACUACACCCAUCCAUGCUACUACAAGGAUGCUUAUGUGGAGACAUACAAGACACCCAUACCUCCCAUGCCUGGCCAGUCUGAGUGGAUGUCAAGUGGCCAACCCAAGCCUGUUGCACCUACUGUCUAUAAGCCACCAGGCAGGCCACCCAUGAAGAGGAAGAGAGAUGCUGAUGAGCCGAACCCUUAUAAGGUGUCUAGAGGAAACAGCAUGGGAGAGGAGGCAGAGAUUGCAGAAAGGGAAAUCUGUAUGUUUUUACAAAAAAAUUUUAUUCAAAUGCAAAAUUCCAAUAACUGA